UCUGGGGAACUAGUCACUCAGCCAGCAGCCCCUUCUUUCUUACCCUAGUCUCCAGUCCUCCAGUGUUCACAGGUGAGCUCCCCAACAGCCACUGUUCACGAUGGAGGCCAUCAAGAAAAAGAUGCAGAUGCUGAAGUUGGACAAGGAGAAUGCUCUGGAUCGGGCAGAGCAAGCUGAAGCCGAGCAGAAGCAGGCAGAAGAAAGAAGUAAACAGCUGGAAGAUGAGCUGGCAGCCAUGCAGAAGAAGCUGAAAGGGACAGAGGAUGAGCUGGACAAGUAUUCUGAAGCUUUGAAGGAUGCCCAGGAGAAGCUGGAGCUGGCAGAGAAGAAAGCAGCUGAUGCUGAGGCUGAGGUGGCCUCCUUGAACCGUAGGAUCCAGCUGGUUGAAGAGGAGCUGGACCGCGCUCAAGAGCGCCUGGCCACUGCCCUGCAAAAGCUGGAGGAAGCUGAGAAAGCUGCUGAUGAGAGUGAGAGAGGUAUGAAGGUUAUUGAAAACCGAGCCUUAAAAGAUGAAGAAAAAAUGGAACUCCAGGAAAUCCAACUCAAAGAAGCUAAGCAUAUUGCAGAAGAGGCAGAUAGGAAGUAUGAAGAGGUGGCUCGUAAGUUGGUGAUUAUUGAGGGAGAUUUGGAACGCACAGAGGAGCGAGCUGAGCUGGCAGAGUCUAAGUGUUCUGAGCUGGAGGAGGAGCUGAAGAAUGUCACCAACAACCUCAAGUCUCUUGAGGCUCAGGCGGAGAAGUACUCUCAAAAAGAAGACAAAUAUGAGGAAGAGAUAAAGAUUCUUACUGAUAAACUCAAGGAGGCAGAGACCCGUGCUGAGUUUGCUGAGAGAUCGGUAGCCAAGCUGGAAAAGACAAUUGAUGAUUUGGAAGAUGAGCUCUAUGCCCAGAAACUGAAGUACAAGGCCAUUAGCGAGGAGCUGGACCACGCCCUCAAUGACAUGACCUCUAUAUAAACUGAAAUGCACCAAAGAGGAGCACCUCUGUACACAAAGGAUGCUGGACCAGACUCUGCUUGACCUGAAUGAGAUGUAGAGCACCCCAGUCCCAUCCUGCCGCUGCUCCUCCCUCUGACCCCGACUCCGCUGAGGCCAGCCUGCCCGAAGCUGACCUUUAAACUGAGGGCUGAUCUUUAACUGGAAGGCUGCUUUCUCCUUUCGCCACCUCUCCCACCCCCACCCCUGUGUCCUUUUC